CAGACUGAAAGGGGCAGGAGGUGUAUAUCCAUGCGCGCGAAUGUAUUAUAGCUGUUAUUUUCAAAAACAUAAUAAAAUCGCCAAAUGCUGCAAGAAAUGAACUCUUCGAAGAGAAGUGAAAGUGAUUGGCAAGGUUUAGUGAACGAGUUCUUGAUAUGCAAACGUAAGCUGGAGAGCAAGAAGGAUGCCCUUCUCAUUCUUUCUAAAGAGCUGGACACGUGUCAGCAGGAGAGAGACCAGUACAAGCUGAUGGCCAACCAGCUUCGAGAGAGACACCAGGGCUUGAAGAAAAAAUACAGAGAACUAAUUGAUGGUGAACCUUCACUUCCGCCAGAAAAGCGCAAUCAGGUGAAUUUGGCACAGUUGUUGAUGAAUUCACGGGAGAGGAAUAAACAGCUGUCAGAAGAGGUGAAUGAGCUCACUCAGAGACUAAGUGAGAUUCAGGGAGACAAUAAGCUUUUAAGAAUGACUAUCACAAAGCAGAGGCUUGGGGAUGAUGAAGCUGGGUUCAGACAUUUCCCUGCUCAUGAGCGAGAAGACCUGGUCAGGCAACUUGAAAAGGCAGCGCUGCAGAGAGAGGAGCUUGAACACAGUCUGAAGACAGUGAGUGAUGAACUGCAGGAUAUGAUGGCAGAGAAGACUGUGUUCAAGGAGAAGGCUGAACGUCUCAACCGUGAGCUGUACCACAUUUUGGGUGGCCAGGAGAGACGCAUCAUUGACGUGGAUGUCCUCUGCAUGGAGAACAAAUAUUUACAUGAGAGAUUAAAACAAGUUCAAGAGGAGGUCAGCCUUUUGAAGAGUAACAUACAGAAAUAUAAGACUGCUUUGGAUCGAAGAAGAAACUCAAAAAUUGGGGGCAAGUCUAAUAGUAGUGCUCUUACUGGAGUCCUUUCUCCUAAACAAGUGCAAGAGCUGUUGUCAGAGGAUAAUGGUUGCAGUCUACCAGCCACACCUCAGUCUAUCUCUGAUCUGAAGUCUUUAGCAACAGCGUUACUGGAGACCAUUCAUGAGAAGAACUUAAUUAUUCAACACCAGAAGCAGACCAACAGAAUUCUAGGAAAUCGAGUUACUGGUUUGGAAAGGAAAUUGAAGACUCUAGAAGUUUCUGGACUUUGGAGUCUCCCAGAUGACAGGACAGGAAGAGGAGGGCCAUCGCCAUGGGAGCAGGACACAGCUGGCAAUGACAGCUUCCCGAACAUGUGGCGUGGCUCCCGCCCCUGUCCAGAUGGAGGUGGAGAGGAGGUGGGAACACCUGUCACCCCUGACAACAGGGAAGAGAACUUCUUGUGUGGGACAGAAUUUUUUAGUCCGACUAAAGUGAAAGAGGGUCCCCGCACAGAAACGGGUCCCAGGCCUGUCAUGGAGGGAACCUCAAUUUUAGAGCAUUUAGAGUAAGAUGAUGGGGUACGCUGCCUGGUUGUGGAGGAGGGUGUAGAUUCAGCUUUGGCACUGGCAACAACUCUGUCUCAACUCAAAGUGACACAAAAUGUUUCCAUUACUCUUGACCAAACUGUGAGUAUAAAUGUCAACUCUCAUGCUCCUGGGGAAGUGCCAAAAGCUUGCAUUGAAGAUAUGUUGGAAGGUACCUCAUUAAAUAUUACCUCCAUAAAGAAGGAGUCUAUUGAGCAGAGUAUUUCUUCUCUUCUGCAAGACUGGGAAUCGGGGUGUCAGUCAGGAGAGACUGACCGUGGCUGCAGUCAAAGUGUUGCCUGAACAACAAACAAGUUCCUUUCUCUCAUGAGAGAUUACUCUGCUUUCCUGCAAAAAUGUGUUUAUUAUUGGCAAGAUCUACAUCAAUUAAAAAGCAGCUGAAUUAAAAAUCAGUUAUUGGUAUAACCUGUCGGUUUUCAACUAUUGCAAACUAUUAUUGUUUAACUGUAAUAAUCAAGAACCCCUCACAUUACAUUGCAUUCAUUUUGCCCAUUUUCACCAUAUAAUUUUUUAUAAUGUACUUGACUGUAAUAUAUAAGUUCUUUAAAUUGGUUUUGAUAUAAUUUGGUGUGAUCUAAU